CUCGACGUCUUCGUCCCGCAGCACCCCGAGUAUGUUACGUUGGUUUGGGGGGCUUUUAAAUUCCUGUUCAUGGCAACUCUGAGUUCCGAGCAGCUUGUCAAGGAGCUGGCUAAAUCUAUCUGUCGAAUUGCGGAAAUACUCCCUCGAACUGAAGUCGCCGUCCUAUUGUACCCGACGGCAAGAAUAAAGAUUGGAGUAGCUCAAAUAUAUAAGCAUAUUCUGCGAUUUACACAAAAGGCCAUGGCCUGGUACAAGAAAGGAAGAUUGGCGCAUGCAAUGCACGCCAUCGUCAACCCUUGGGACCUCCAGUUUGAAGACGAUGUAACCGCGAUUCAGGAACAAUCGCUCAUCAUAGAAGCAGAUGCUAGCGCAGCAUCACGAGCAGAGCUUCGAGACGCACAUUUGCAGAUAUAUAAGCUACAGUCACAAGUGAGCGAAAUGACGCUCGUUUUGGCCCAAAGUAAGCAACAUUAA